CGAUGUCUUCAGCAACACUAACACGAACAAGUAAAGUCUGGAGUGUUAAAUUCUCGUAUUUUCAGUGGUUGGACUUCACAAUCGAUAUAAAUUUAAGUGGUGGAAAGUGUCCCUUGUUGGUGGCACUUUUUCCCCUUUUGUUUUGGACAACAACAAAUGGUCUCUGUAAGUAACAAAACAGUGAUCACAGCCAAUGACUCCCUGGGAGACUGUGCUCUGGUCUCCUUGCCCUUUGAAGAGAUAGGGGAGAUUGAGAGCAGUGAGGGAGCUAGCUCAACCUCCUGCUCCAGUCCUGAGGUGGGGGAUGCUGGAGUCCAGCUUGGCUUUAGCAUCGGGGAGGAGGAAGAGGAGGAGGAUGGGUCAACGCGCCUUUGUCUUGAUUCCACCCCAGGGCAUGAAGAGCUCUUGGAUGCUGCCCAACCUCCUAGAGUGCCUGAUUUCAUAUCCAGUUUAACCAGUAACUUCUCUCCUACCCUUGAAGAUAUUGAGGAGUUCUUGAGGGAAAAAAUGGAGCUAGUGAGGGAAGGACUUCUCGAAUCUGAUGACAAGGCAGAGGAUGUGAGUGUCACUCCACAGCCAUCUUCUCCCAGUGGGCUCAGUGAUCCAGGGACCAGUUCCACAUCAUCACCCCCUGAGAUCCAGAGCACGAGCACCUCAGCAGCCUCUGCCCCAGUGCUUAUUGGUGCUCCCUUGGUGCUUCAACUUCAGCCUCUGCAGCUUACCCAGCCAUUUACUCAAUCAGGCCCACAAACAGGCAUGCCCAAUGGGUUACGAGUCGCUCACCUGGUGCUGGGCACACAGGGUGGACAGAACAUUACUCUGCUUUCACCUCAAGUACCCACAGCAACACUUGUUCCUGUUAUGGGUGAGGCAGGCAGCCAAGACCAAAAGUAUGUGAAAAUCGCUCCGCUCCCCAUUGCUGUGAGAACAGUUGGUAUAGCUGGCUCUGGCCUGGUUAAAGCCAUUCCCCCACGUCCGCCUAGAUCUUCACCAGAGACAUUACGAGUGCACAAGUGCUCCCAUCCAGGCUGUGAGAAGAUGUAUACAAAGAGCAGCCACCUAAAGGCCCAUUUCCGCAGGCACACUGGUGAAAAGCCGUACCUGUGUAGCUGGCCGGACUGUGGCUGGAGGUUCUCGCGGUCAGACGAAUUAUCUCGCCAUCGCCGUUCCCACUCGGGAGUCAAGCCUUAUGAGUGUACAAUGUGUGACAAGAAGUUUGCCAGAAGUGACCACCUCUCCAAACAUACUAAGGUGCAUCGGAGUCCACGAGCUGGAAGACUGGUUCGAGCCAACUUCUGAUCCAUCGGGAUAUUCACCCAAAAACAGAGUCCGUUUCUCUUCUUUAUAGAGGCAAAGCUAAAGGAUCUAAUCAGACUCACAUGCCGUCUACGGUCUUCAGCCUUUGUUUCCUUCCCUCCCCUCCCCCCGCUGGUAUAAUUUAUCCAGAUGUGUGCUUUUCUUGGUGCUACAGUCAGCUAAUUUGAACCUCAGGGAUGUGAUUGUUCAGCUCAAAGCAGAUUUCCGGUUCUUUGGCAGGCUAAGUCAAGGCACACGCCAGUGGAAUCAUUU